UCUUUAUAUACUCCUCUACCUUUGAUCCUGAACUUUGCGAAACACCAAAAAGGAAACUUUGCGCGAAAAUUUGACUCUCUCCUUUCAUUCUCUCACGAUCUCUCUCUGUCUCUCUACCACAACCACCAACCACCGACUACCAUGGCAACAUCAAUGACAACUUCACCACAAACUCAUCUCCUUCACCAAACCCACAACUCCUUCCUCAAAACUCCCACAACUUUCACCCCAACAAUCUCCCUUCGCACAACAACCACCUUCAAACCCAUUUCCAUUCAAUGCGCCGCCACCACGCAACCCCAAACCCAUACCCACGACGGCCCACCACAAGCCCAAUCCCAUUCCUCAGAUCGCGUCUUCAACUUCGCUGCCGGACCUGCCACCCUACCCGAAAACGUCCUGCGUCGCGCUCAAUCGGAACUAUACAACUGGCGUGGAUCCGGCAUGAGCGUCAUGGAAAUGAGUCACAGAGGUAAAGAAUUUCUUUCGAUAAUUCAAAAAGCAGAAUCAGAUCUGCGUACCCUUUUGGAAAUCCCGACGGAAUAUUCCGUUCUUUUCCUCCAAGGCGGCGCCACCACUCAGUUCGCCGCCGUGCCGUUGAAUAUCUGCAAAAGUGAUGACGCUGUUGAUCACAUCGUUACCGGAUCGUGGAGCGAUAAAGCUUUUAAGGAAGCUCAGAAGUAUUGUAAACCAAACGUGAUUUGGUCUGGUAAAUCUGAAAAGUACACAAAGAUUCCAUCUUUUGAUGAUUUGAAACAGAACCCAGAAGCUAGGUUUUUGCACAUUUGUGCUAAUGAAACAAUUCAUGGUGUUGAGUUCAAAAAUUACCCAACACCCAAGAAUCAAAAUGGGAUUUUGGUGGCUGAUAUGUCUUCCAAUUUUUGUUCCAAACCUGUUGAUGUUUCAAAGUUUGGUUUGAUCUAUGCUGGUGCACAGAAGAAUGUGGGUCCCUCUGGUGUAACCAUUGUGAUUGUGAGGAAUGAUUUGAUUGGGAAUGCUCAAGGUUUGACUCCUGUUAUGCUUGAUUAUAAGAUUCAUGCUGAAAACAAUUCACUUUACAAUACACCUCCUUGUUAUGGAAUUUACAUGUGUGGUUUGGUUUUUGAGGAUUUGUUGGAACAAGGUGGUUUGGUUGAGGUUGAGAAGAAGAAUAGGAAGAAAGCUGAGAUUCUCUACCAAGCUAUUGAUGAGAGUAAUGGGUUUUUUAGGUGUCCUGUUGAGAAAUCUGUGAGGUCUUUCAUGAAUGUUCCUUUCACUUUGGAGAAAUCAGAGUUGGAAGGUGAGUUUAUAAAGGAGGCUGCUAAGGAGAAUAUGGUUCAGCUUAAGGGACAUAGGUCGGUUGGUGGAAUGAGAGCUUCCAUUUACAAUGCUAUGCCUUUGGCUGGUGUUGAAAAGUUGGUGGCUUUCAUGAAGGAUUUUCAAGCCAAGCAUGCUUAGUAUGUGUUGAGUUUGCAUUUGUCUUCUCUACUCUACAUUUUGGAUAGUGUCACUUGAAGAAAAAAACGGGUCUCUAGCAGUUUUGGCUUUUCUCUUAUUGUUGUGUUGUGUUUUGUUUUGUUUUAUUGUUUCAAUUUAUGUCUUGUUGGUAGUUAAUGAUUUGAUUAUAUUUUCAAUUGCUAAUAUUAUUUUGCGAUGAUUUUGAUUAAUGGCCAAAA